CGAAGUGGCACCGCGUUUUGGAAAUUCUGCAUAUUCAAACGCGGCACAAGAAUGGCCCGGACCGCGCUCCGUAGUUUGGACUCGUUUUUCUCCAGCAUUGAAAGAGACUCUUGGCAGGAUUGAAAGCGAGGGUUUUUUACAGAAAGAACAGCACUGAAGUCCAUUUUAUUCGUGGCAGUAUGAGUUCGAAGGGGGGCGGUACAGCCCUGACCCGACGGAAUUAUCGCCUGGCAUCAGAUAUGGACAAACCCAAAGUCGCAGGUAUUGUGAAUGAGAAGUUGUUGAGUGAUUACCUGCACCGUGUGUUUCCCGCCUCCAGUAAACAGGGUCCGGCAUCAGCAACCUACAGAAAACCCUUGACGUUUCAGGACCUUGGCGCUCACCUGGAAAAGCUGCUGUCAGAGGACGAGACCACUGAGGACAUCUCAGAUCACUCAGAUGGGCGACUCGGACCCUCUACCGUUGUCCUGGACCACACCAGUGGAUUCGAGGGCCUCUUAUUUGUAGAUGACGAUCUUUUAGGAGUGAUCGGCCAUAGCAAUUUCAGUUCUAUAAGGGCUACGAGCUGCGUAUUUAAAGGGAAAUGGAUGUACGAGGUUCUGAUUUCGUCUCAAGGUUUAAUGCAGAUAGGAUGGUGCACGCUGAACUGUAGAUUUAACCAGGAGGAGGGAGUUGGUGACACUCCGGACUCAUACGCAUAUGACGGUAAUCGUGUCCGAAAAUGGAACGUGACGACCACUAACUAUGGCAAAUCAUGGGCUGCAGGUGACAUCGUCAGCUGCAUGAUAGACCUUGAUGAAGGGACAAUUACUUUCUGUCUGAAUGGACAGUCUCUUGGGACGGCUUUCAGUAAUAUCAAAAUGGGUCCAGGGAUCGCCUACUUUCCCGCUAUCAGUCUUUCAUUCAAAGAGUCCGUGGCCUUUAACUUCGGCAGCCGCCCACUCAGGUAUCCUGUGGAAGGCUAUCAUCCCCUACAGGAUCCUCCAACUGCUGACCUCAUCAAAGCCAAGAGGCUGCUGGGAUACAUAAAGGCCGUGAUGUCCACUAGUAUAGACACGCAGGAGGAGAAACUGAUCGAGAAGGACAUCACAUCUUGGCAGCUUCAGGGUGAACCUACCGUUUUGGUCACACUUGCACAUAUCUUCAAUUACUUCGCUCCUCUUAUGUGUAAAGUAUAUCUGGUAGAAGAUGUCCUGAUGAACUUCCUCCUGGGAAUCUUGGAGGGUGGCGGCUCUGUGGAUGAACACCCACUAAUCCAGCAGCUGCUCGAGUUCUUCUGGCUGCUCAUGGAGGAUUUUGAGGUGAACGAGUGCCUGAAGCAGUUGAUGAUGUCGUUACUCAGGGCGUACCGCUUCUCACCCAUCAUCCCUGACCUCGGCUUUCAGAUUCACUAUCUACGAUUGACAACCGCCAUUUUACGCCAUGAAAAGUCUAGAAAGUACCUCCUGAGCAACGUCUUAUUCGACGUGCUGCGCUCCGUGGUGUUUUUCUACAUCAAGACUCCUCUGAGGGUAAAAGAGGCCGGCUUGGAGGAGCUCAUCCCCACCACAUGGUGGCCAACUCAUUUCGACAAAGAGGGUAAGGAUGAAAACGACCCAAGACAUGAGAGCGCAGAUGAGAGACUCAGACGGCGAGCAUACGAACGAGGCUGUCAGAGACUCAAGAAGAGGAUCGAGGUGGUGGAGGAGCUGCAGGUUCAGAUUCUGAGGCUGAUGCUAAAUAACAAGGACAAAGGGACGGGCGAAGCCUCUCGGUACAUUUUCCUCAACAAAUUCCGCAAGUUCCUGCAGGAGAACGCAAGCAACCGAGGGAACCCGACAGUGUUGUGCCCUCCGGAGUACAUGGUGUGCUUUAUGCAUCGGCUCAUAACUGCAAUCAGGAGCUACUGGGAUGAAGGAAAGCGCAAGAGGCCAGGAGCCAUUAACAGCGAAGACGCCUACGUCCCCCCACAGCUUUUCUACAACGGGAAGGUGGACUACUUUGACCUGCAGCGGCUCGGAGGCCUGCUCUCUCAUCUCAAGAAAACGCUGAAAGACGACCUGGCGGCCAAAGCAAACAUCAUUAUCGACCCUGCCGAGAUUCAGGCCGCGUCCAUGGACGAUCUGGACGAGGAUGAUGAAAGCGGAGCUGCUCAGAGACCAUCUGGUGCAGCGGCAAUGGGUGGAGCUCUGGCCAGGCCGAGCUGGCUGAGUUCUCCCACUCUGGGCCGUGCCAAUCGUUUCCUCAGUACGGCUGCGGUCAGCCUUAUGACCCCACGCCGACCAUUGGCCCCGCCUGAAAAGGUCAAAGUGCGCACUCUGCCUGUGGAACAGAGGACAGAGGAAGACAUCGAGGGAAGCCAUGGUAACGAUGGCUUGUUGCUGGGGAGACCGAUGGAAGAGCCCGAGCAGCCAAUCACAGAGAAGUCCCUGUUGGAGAUCCUGGAUGGGAUCGCAAUGAUGUACAACCUGAGUGUUCAUCAGCAGCUGGGCAAGAUGGUGGUGGUGUCGGAUGACGUUCACGAGUACGCUGUCGCUCUGAAGGACACAGAAGAGAAGAUAGCCCGAUGCCCAAGAAGAAGAGCAGACAUUCUGGAUGAGCUGCAAAAGAGCCAGAAGGUGUUUGCUGAGAAGCUCAACCAUCUGAGCCGCAGGUUGGCCUGGAUCAACGCCACCAUUUACUCCAAGGAGAAAAUGCUGGAUGUCUACUGGAUUUUGCGUAUAUGCAUCCGCACCAUCGAGCACGCCGACAACACGGGCUCCUUGUUUGCUUUCACCCCAGAGUUCUACCUCAACGUGGCCAUGAACAGCUACAGUGCCCUUAAGAACUACUUCAGCCCUUCCAACAGCAUGGAGGAGCUCCCAGGUUAUGAGGACACGCUCACUCAGCUUGCUGCUAUCCUCGCUAAGCACUUUGCAGACCCGCGCAUCGUGGGCACAGACAUUAAGGAUUCACUGAUGCAGGCUCUGGCCAGCUACGUGUGCUACCCGCAUUCGCUCCGAGCUGUGGAGAGGAUCCCUGAGGAGCAGCGAGUGGCUAUGAUGAGGAACCUGUUGGCGCCAUACGAGCAGCGGCCGUGGGCUCAGACUAACUGGAUCUUGGUUCGCUUGUGGAGGGGUUGUGGGUUCGGUUACAGGUACACUCGGCUUCCUCAUCUGCUCAAAACCAAACCCGAGGAUGCCAACCUUCCCAGCCUGCAAAAGCCUUGUCCAUCCCUCCUGCUCCAGAGGCAUAUGGCGGAGCUCUUGAAUCAGGACAAAGAGAUGGCCGCUAGCUUCCUCAACAGCGUCCUCAACCAGCUCAACUGGGCCUUCUCAGAGUUCAUUGGCAUGAUCCAGGAGAUCCAGCAGGCAGCAGAGCGUCCAGAGCGUAACUUUGUGGACACCAGGCAGCUUAAAGUGUGUGCCACAUGCUUCGACCUGUCUGUCAGCCUGCUGCGUGUGCUGGAAAUGACCAUCACCCUGGUACCCGAGAUCUUCUUGGAUUGGAGCCGACCCUCAGCCGAACUUUUGCUUCGUCGCUUGGCUCAGCUCCUAAACCAGGUGCUGAAUCGAGUGACGGCUGAGAGAAACCUCUUCGACCGUGUGGUCAACCUUCGGCUCCCAGGACUGGAGAGCGUGGAUCAUUACCCCAUCCUGGUUGCUGUUACAGGAAUUCUGGUGCGAGUCCUGGUCGACUCGGAGAGGCAGGGGAUUGCUCAGGCCUCCUCUGUGCUUCUAGCAGACCCAUGUUUCCAGCUGCACUCCAUCCAGCACUUACUGGGACGAGGAGAGGCCAGUGCUGGAGCUGAUGACAAACACUUCUCUCUGCACUCUUAUACAGACUACAUCACUGCAGAAGAAGCGCAGAAAGUGGAAAAGAUGCUAACUUUCCUGACUGAAGAGUCCAAGCAGGCUGCGGCUACAACAGCGCCCACCAGCGAAGACGACUUGUGUCCUAUCUGCUACGCACACUCCAUAUCAGCCAUCUUCAAGCCCUGCUCCCAUAAAUCCUGCAAAGCUUGCAUCAAUCAACAUCUGAUGAAUAAUAAGGACUGUUUUUUCUGCAAGGCCACGAUCACUGGAGUGGAAGAUUACAACAAACCUGCUGGCUCUUAGCAUGCCCUUUAGAUGCACACACACACACACACACACACACACACACACGUCCACGCAUGCACUGAAAAUCAGCAUCCCGUACCUCUCUCUAAAGACUGUUCAUCAGCACAAUCUUAUGUAUAUGCUGGAUAUAGAGCAGUACACACACACAAAUACACACACACAUGCAGCAUAUCACUUGCUAACACUGAACUGUGACUUUAAGACACGGUGCUCUCACCAUGGCACUGUUUCAGCUCGUGCCAGCUGGUAGAGGUCUGGCUUGAAAUCAUAAAGCAUGAACGGCUGACAGAGGGUCGAGCGGCGAGAGACAUUUUAUAAUCUCCUUCAUCCUGCUUCCCCCUCCGGUCACCACUGGCAACCGCAUUACAUCUGCGUCUGUAGGCCAUAGAUACCGAUCAGGACAAAUGCAGGUGCUCGCUAGCGUCCGUCACGCGAUCCCUCUCUGAGCUUGAUAACUUUUUAUAUCAGAAAAACUGACAGAUAUAUUUGACGUGGCAUUUGUUUCCACCAGUCUCCAUUACAGAUUGCAUGGUUUAACCAGUUCAUAACAACUUUAUUAAUACUUUAUAAAGCAUUAAAGGAAUACUCAGAUGUUUUUCUUUUUCCACUGUAGCUAUAGCAUAUGUAAGAUUACGAUUUCUGCACAUUUUUACGUACUGAGAAAAGAGUUUGUGUUAAAUUAUAACAAUGAAGUUGCUGAAUUAGGAAUAAAUCAUGAAUAUGCAAAUAUAGAACACAAACUUGAAAUUUACUAUUAAAUGCUAUGAUUUCAGGAUGUGAGCAUGGGAUGUUUGAAAAAUGAGAAUUGUAUUAAAUAAUUUAAGUAGUUUAAUUUUACACACUUAUUUUACUUUUUUUACAGUUUGAGGACCUCAUUCAAAUUUUGAAAUAAAUCUCUUAUAGAGAUUUAGAGCAUGAAUUAAUUCAAUUCAAUUUAAUUCAAUUCAACAUCUGUCCUUUGACUUCCAUUAUGAAAAAUAUCUGAGUCCUGGUGUUUUUCUUUUCUCAGUACAUGGAAAUGUGUUCAAUAUCCCCAGUAAGUACACAUGCAAAAUACAAAAAAAAAAAAAAAACAUAUGGCAAUUCCUUCGAUUAGCUAGGCUUCAUAGACAGACCUGUACUUUCAGGUGUGUAUAUACACGUAUAUACAGGAAGUUGCACCCUCCAGGUUUGUGAGGACACUUAAAAUAAUUCAGGUAAUUCAUGAAAAUUGUUCACCUGCAGCCUGUCCUUUUGCAGUGUCUGAUUACAUUCGACCCCUGGUAGAACCCUUCUGCUGUCUGUUCUUUCACACCUGUUUGUCAUAAGCUAAAUGUCAGCCUUUAUCCCAUUCUCCAUGCACUGCUCUUUCUCUAUGACCUUUGAGCAGGUGUGGUGUUUGUUUUGUUUUUUUCCGUUGAGAAUGAUGUCCUGACUAAUGUUAUAUCCUAAAAAAUCCACACUUUUUCCUAAUCCGAUUGCUUUUCUGCUUUGAUUUAGAGGUUGAUCACGUAAGCAUCAGUUUCCUACAAAUACUCUCCAUUUGUGCACACACGUAUGUAUACAAAUGUGUGUAUAAGGAAUACAACACAUUAGCUACCCAUUGGUACCUUUAAUAGAGAACAAUCCAAGUACAUAAAUAUAUAUUUCUUGUUUAUGUAGUUUAAAAAAAAAGGUGAUCGUCACUUUCCAAAUGUUUCUCAAUGCCGAAUGACAAAUCAAGUUUGAAAUCAGAUCGUAUCCAAUUCCAUCCAUCUCAAAUCACGACAACCGGCUAACUACGGAGACUGAGCUAGCUGACAGCAACAACAGACUCACCCUCAGACAAACAUUGUCUCUCAUACCUUUUUCUGCACUUAUCUGUGCAAGAAAAAAUCUAUGAGCUUCAGAAUCUUUUAGGUCACAUUGUGCUCUGCAUGUCGUACUUCUACAUGCCGUACUUGCGCUUCUGUACUUCAGUAUUUCUGACAGAAAACUUUCACACGCUUUUACAGAAUACAUCUGAGAAAGAUUACAUUACAAAGGUACAAGACAUGUGCAGCAUCACAGCUUUAAACUAUUAGUCGUAAGUGAAUAUGGCUAAUCCUGUAAAAGUUUGCUGUGCUUAAUAUCAAAAAGCAGCAGAUUCUCCAGUGACGCCACUUCAAGCCGUCUAAACAGGUUCUUGCACGUUUAUAGCUUAAAUAACCUUAGCUAUCUGACGAACAAGACAAGUUCCUAACUAUGUGAACAAAACAUGAUUUCUUUAACGAAUGGCUUCUCUUAAUUUGGACACUAACCAAAUAGCUACCAAAGUUUACUACCAAACAAGCUUUUUAGCAUUAUAUGUUUUGUGUAACUAUUUGUAGUCUAUAAAAAGCAGAUAAUUUUGAAUUAGCAUUACCUGCUAAUAUACUAUUUGCUAUAAACUGGGCUGAAUGUAGAGCUCCUGUUUGUUUCUCUGAUGCAAUAUUACAGAGAUAAUAUUGUCCCUGACCAAUUGAGACUUACAAAAAGCAGUCAGGGUGCCAAUUCAUCCCAAAAGUGUUUAAUAGGGCUUAGGCCAGAGCUUUUUACAAACCACAAGAUUCACUUCAAACCAUGUACAUUGAUAUCUUUAUGGAGAUGGCUUUGUGGACAGGGGAACUGUUAUGCUGGAUCAAGUUUGGGUCUCCUAGAUCAAGUGCAGGAACAUUGUAAUUCUACUGCGCCCAAAGACAUUAUAUAUAAUUGUGUGCCUCCAACCAUGUGGUAACAUUUUUUUAAGGAGAAAAGCAAAUGGUUGGAAAAGUCAGGUGUCCCUAUACUUUUGUCUAUAUAGUGUAUAUGGAUUGGACUAGGUUUUUUUUUUAUAGCCAGGUGGAGUUAUAUAAUAAUUAUUGAAGUAUAUUUGGGAAUAUUAGCCCCACCCAAAUCUAUCAUGUAAUUCAAAUAGACUGCAUGUGCAUGUGUAUAUAAUGAUUACUCCUUAUUUGACAUUGAAUAAAGUGACGAGUAAAAAUAAUCCCAUUAAUAUACAGUAUUUCUCUUUAAAAAGUGACAUUUUGGUAAUAAUUAUGUUUAUAUUUAUGGGGAAAGUAUAAAGGCAUUCCAGGAAGUCUAAUGCGACGCUUCUGGGAUUCUGUAUAGUACAGGUAGAGCCAAUUUACAUAGAAUUAAUGGCAUGUGACUUAUUAAUUACGAUCUGACUGUCUCCAAAAGAUAUAGCAUAUUUCCUGUCCUGUUUAAGCUCUUCAAGUCGACUACAUUUUGCUCUUAGUCUGAUCACUGGACCUGACAACCAUUUUGCACUUUCUACUAGAUCGUGGCUUGAAAGAAACAAACAAUGCACUUGUUUUGGUGAUUCUUCAUUGGUUGGUUGUUAAAAUAUGCUACAGUGUCUGACAUUUCAUCCCAAACCUAGUACAUAUUCAUACAUAUUAUCACAACUGCUAUUCUUAUUUGGACUGUUGAAUUAUUUCUUACUAUAUUGUUUUAAGCCUAGCAAGGGUGCAUGCUUUUGGGAACUCCCUGUAUCUAACUCCUACUUAAAGUGUGCAAGAGUGGGCAGACACAACUAUUGCGUGUUUCCAAAUAUAAUUCAACAGUAUAUAUAAAAAAAAAAAAAAAAAGGUUUCUGCUCUCAGGCUUCAGUUUCAGUCAGCCAAGGGGUUUUAGGUUAAUAAGCAAUAUUUAAUGGACUGUUGUUUUUUGCUGUGCUGAACAAAAAAUUGGGUAGAAGAUGGACUUUGGGCAUUUUUGUUCCCCCUUAACUGAGUGAGUGAGAGUACACACAUAUAUAUACUGAUGGUGUAACAGCAUUAAAUUAUUUAUCCAAA